UAUCAACAGCUUCAAGAUCUCAACCGCGGUCUUGCAAAACUACAAACACUUCACAUUCGAGGACGUAUAUCUGUUUACCUUCAACAAAGUUUCCAGACUCCCAUCAUGUCUACCGAUAACCCUUUGACCGAAUCCUCAAUGACCAUUCCUUCCGACUCCGAGAGGUAUUCCAGCAACGAUAAUGACGAUCUUUCUCCUUCUCCGCCAUCUUCCUCCAGCUCCCCACCAAUGAUAUUGUAUACACCGCCUACAAUCUGGGGGCUUCUACGAGGUGCAGCGAUCAAUCUAUUUCUGCCAUUCGUCAAUGGGCUCAUGUUGGGAUUCGGGGAGCUCUUUGCACACGAGGCAGCAUUUAGGUUAGGAUGGGGAGGCACAAAGGUUUUCCCUAAUGGACGGACAUCACAUUCAGUUGGACCAGGUAUCGAGAUUCGAGAUGAUCCUUUUGAGCGGAGGAAAAGAGAUGGGCAGUUGGAUGACUUGACAAGCAUGGAAUGA